ACUUCCCCUUUCAGCUGGCCAAAAAGAACUUCUCACGUGGCAUUUUGUUCGUGUCCGAAGAACAAGACUAAGGUGCUGACACAUCCUCUUCUCUUCUUUUUUUUCCCCAAAAAUCUUACACAGAUCCUCAAACCAUAAAAACACACUCCAAUUCCAAUUGAAAUGUUCAAAACACAAGCGAAGUGAAAAGAGAGUGAGUAUCGUUGGAAAAAAUGGAGUUCAGUUUCGAUGAGAAGGACUUUGUGUCGUGCUGCGGGAGCACUAAAUUCGCGAAGGAAAUGGCUUCGGCCUCUCCUUUCGGUUCGUUGCAGGACGCUGUUUCUGUUGCCAGAGACGUUUGGUUCAACAGCGUUGAUGUCAAUGGUUGGCUUCAGGCCUUCUCUGCGCACCCUCAGAUCGGUCAAAGCCACGCUCCCUCUGUUGCCUCUGAAGCCAGUGCUCAGUGGAGUAAGGGAGAGCAAUCAACUGCUUUAGCAACUGCUACUGGUUCGAGCUUACAGGAACUAUCUGAAUGGAAUGCUCGGUACAGGGAAAAGUUUGGGUUUGUAUUUCUCAUUUGUGCAGCUGGGAGAAGUACUGAUGAGAUACUUGCUGAACUGAAGAGACGUUAUACAAACAGGCCAAUUGUUGAAUUUGAGAUUGCUGCUCGGGAGCAAAUGAAAAUUACAGAACUACGCCUUGCAAAGCUCUUUUCAAGUAGAGAAAACAUUUCUUCUACAGCUGAUAAGAAUUCCACUGCUAGAAAGGCAGAAGAAGAUCGUAUAAGCAUUAUCAGUAGUCACAUGACUGCUACUUCAGAGAGUUCAACAGGCAAAUCAAUUCAGCAUCCUGCCAGAACCCGCCCUCCCAUUACCACUCACGUGUUGGAUGUUUCGCGGGGGGCUCCAGCUGCUGGUAUUGAUGUACUUCUGGAGGUGUGGAGGGGCACUCAGUCUCAGCCAACAUUUGGGGCCACAGGCGGUGGCAGUUGGGUGUUCCAAGGGUCUUCAAAGACGGAUUCGGAUGGCCGCAGUGGUCAACUGUUGAGCAUAGUCGAUGAAGCGAGUCCAGGGAUAUACAGGAUAAGUUUCAACACUGGGAAGUACAUCCCAAAUGGUUUCUUUCCUUAUGUGUCUAUAGUGUUUGAAAUCAAAGAGUCACAAAAAAGGGAACAUUUUCAUGUUCCUCUCCUACUUUCACCGUUCUCAUUCAGCACUUACCGUGGAAGCUAGGAAUAUAGGGACAGUUGCCAAAAGAAUGCCAUGAAUUUCUGAAGAUUUGAUGAAGGGAACUUGUGUUUUUGCUCAUAGAACGUGGUUAAAAGGGUACCAAAUAUAGAAAGGUAAUCAAUGUAUUAUUGUUUAGUCAAUGCAUGUUAUAUAAGUUCUUUUGAAUUAAUAAUCGAGACUUGCAAUAUUUGAGACGCUAAAUGGCACAUUACAGUGCAUGAGCAAGGGUUUAUGCCUUUUUGCUAGAAGUUUCAAUUUACAAACAAGUUAACUCUUAUUUGCAUUACUUUUGCUUUUAAUGAUGUAAUUAUUCAUGGAAGUAUAUUGACAUUGCCUCCAUAUUUUGUUUUUCACAAGUUACAAUCAAAGUAAAAAAAAUAAAAAAUCGUA